AUGGCUCAUAAUCCACCCGGGAACGGUUAUGAUGAGCAUCACCUCGCAGACCUCCCUCCUCCGGGACAAUACGAUGCUGAGGACGGCGGAAACCAACCUUUGUUGCAUCAGCAGGCGGGCGCUGGCCCCUUUGCAAGUCCCUACGACAGCCAAACCAACCUAGGCCUACGAGCACAGUCUCCAACCGUGCGGCCUGGGUCGACAUACAGCUUGACAGAAUCUUACGUCCCUGGUGCUUCGCCGGCUCCCUACUCCAGCGAAUAUGGUGGCAGCAGCACCACGUAUGGCCAUCCAGCGGACGACGCUGAAUUUGGACGGGCUGGUUCUCCCUACUCCCGAGCUGAUACCGAUUCCACCGAAGCUUGGAAGCAACGUCAAGUCCCCAACACUGGUGGUCUCAAACGCUAUGCUACGAGAAAGGUCAAACUCGUUCAGGGCAGCGUCUUGAGCGUCAACCAUCCCGUGCCAUCUGCCAUCAAGAAUGCCAUACAAUCGAAAUACAGGCAAGAGGCCGAGACUGGAAACAGCGAAGAGUUUACCCAUAUGCGAUAUACAGCAGCAACUUGCGAUCCCGAUGAUUUCACUCUAAAGAACGGUUACAAUCUACGGCCCGCCAUGUACAAUCGCCAUACCGAGCUUCUGAUCGCCGUUACUUACUACAACGAAGAUAAAACCUUGACCGCCCGUACCCUACACGGUGUUAUGCAAAAUGUCCGCGAUAUUGUGAAUCUAAAGAAAUCCGAUUUCUGGAAUGUUGGUGGGCCAGCUUGGCAAAAGAUUGUCGUGUGUCUUGUUUUUGAUGGAAUAGAUCCUUGUGACAAGGAAACUUUGGAUGUUUUGGCAACUAUCGGUAUCUUUCAAGAUGGUGUCAUGAAAAAGGAUAUUGACGGCAAGGAGACCGUGGCCCAUGUCUUCGAAUACACGACACAAUUGUCAGUCACGGCACAGCAACAGCUCAUUCAACCGAUAGACGACAGCAGUUCCACCCUCCCGCCUGUCCAGAUGAUAUUCUGCUUAAAGCAGAAGAACACCAAAAAGAUCAACUCCCACAGAUGGCUCUUCAACGCUUUCGGUCGACUUUUGAACCCCGAAGUCUGCAUCCUUCUCGAUGCUGGAACAAAGCCUGGUGUAAAAUCGCUCCUGUAUCUGUGGGAGGCUUUCUACAAUGACAAGGAUCUUGGAGGAGCAUGCGGUGAGAUUCAUGCUAUGUUGGGUAAAGGAGGGAGGAAGCUCCUCAACCCCUUAGUCGCUGGUCAGAAUUUCGAGUAUAAGAUAAGUAAUAUUCUGGACAAACCGCUUGAGAGUUCUUUCGGAUACGUCAGUGUGUUGCCUGGCGCUUUUUCUGCGUACCGCUUCAGAGCAAUUAUGGGCAGACCUCUUGAACAAUAUUUCCAUGGUGACCAUACUCUGUCGAAGAAACUUGGUAAAAAAGGAAUUGAGGGAAUGAACAUUUUCAAGAAGAACAUGUUUUUGGCCGAGGACAGAAUUCUCUGCUUUGAGUUGGUUGCUAAGGCUGGCUCUAAAUGGCAUUUGACUUAUAUCAAAGCCGCCAAGGGAGAAACUGAUGUUCCUGAGGGAGCUGCCGAGUUCAUUGGCCAACGUCGUAGAUGGCUUAACGGAUCUUUCGCGGCCUCUGGGUAUUCGAUAAUGCACUUCGGCAGGAUGUACAAAAGUGGUCAUAACAUUGUUCGCAUGUUCUUCUUGCAUAUCCAGCUCAUUUACAACACCUUCACUGUCUUCCUCACGUGGUUCAUGCUGGCAUCAUACUAUCUUACCACCACUGUAAUUAUGGAUCUUGUUGGAACCCCGACACCAGCAGCCAACGGGAUCGCGGCGAAGAAUGGAUGGCCUUUCGGCAACACCGCAACCCCCAUUAUCAACACCAUUCUCAAGUUCCUCUACAUUGCCUUUUUGUUGGUGCAAUUUAUCUUGGCUCUUGGAAAUAGACCAAAGGGUUCAAGACUUACCUACAUCAUCUCGUUCGUGGUCUUUGGGGUGAUCAACGCAUAUCUGAUCGUCUUGGCCUUGUACCUCGCCUACCAAGGCAUUAAAAAGACAAAGAUCGACGGCGAUAAUGCGAAGGAUUUCUUCGCUAGUUUCUUCGGCUCGAGCAGUAGUGGCGGUGGCAUCAUCAUUAUCGCUUUGCUUGCUACUUAUGGCCUGUACUACGUUGCGUCGUUCAUGUAUCUCGAUCCAUGGCAUAUGUUCCACUCGUUCCUCCAGUACCUGCUACUUGCAUCAUCCUACAUCAAUAUUCUGAUGGUCUAUGCCUUCAGUAACUGGCACGAUGUCUCUUGGGGUACGAAGGGAUCUGACAAGGCUGACGCCCUUCCUUCUGCUCAAACCACAAAAAGCGAUGGAAAGACAGCCGUUAUUGAAGAAAUUGAUCGGCCUCAGGAAGACAUCGAUAGCCAGUUUGAAGCCACAGUCAAGCGUGCUCUGAAACCUUAUGUACCUGAGGUGGAAGACGAUAAAAAGACUCUUGAGGAUUCCUACAAGUCUUUCCGAACUAAGUUGUUGAUUUGUUGGAUCUUUUCAAAUCUCAUCCUGAUUGUUGCUAUUACCAGCGACUCGGUUGAUAAAUUUGGAUUCGGAAAUAGUGCAAGCAUCCGUACCGCGAAGUUCUUCGAGGUCUUACUUUAUGCGACAGCUGUCCUGUCCGUUGUCCGAUUUAUUGGUUGCAUCUGGUUUUUGGGACGCUCUGGAAUCAUGUGCUGCUUCAGGAGACGUUGA